UUUCAUACAUCAGCAGCCUGGAGCCUGGAGGCUGGAUGUGAUUCGCUGUAUUUAUCAGCUUGCUCUCUCCCACAAUUCAACAGGCACCAGAAGGAGAGAAGAAGAGGGCGACAGAAAGUAUUUAAAUAAAUAGAUUGUUGUUGAAGUACUACAAUACAACAUAAAUAGCCAAAGCUAAAACGGGGAACGUUUGCAACACACUUUUGUUUUAUUUUUAUAGCUAGCGAGAUACAGUUGCUUCCGCGAAAUGUGUUUGACUGCUAAGCUAGCCGACUGGCUAAACUAAGUAGCUAGCAAGUUAGCUCAGCUCGGUUCCGGCCUAAAAUAGCUAACGUUAGCUCCAUUUUCAGAUUUCGGGAAAAAACCCAAUUCAAGUGUACAUUACCACGUAUGCAGAUGUUCAUCUAACGAAAGCAAAGGGGAAGCUGAUGGAACGUUAGUCCAACUGAGUCACCAAUUCUAGUCAUGCAAUGGGGAUGAGCGCUCUGCAGUGUGUAUGACCAGCUGUCUCCAGCCUGAUGGGAGGACUCUGUGGAUAGCAGGAUAGUCUUCAGGACUCCAGGAGGAGAGUAGCCGCCCCUGCCAAGGAGGGCCGUUCAGAAUGAAGAAAAUCAGCCUUAACACCAUCCGCAAGUCCCUCAACAUCAAGGUCAAGGAGGAAGGGGGGGGGGACUUUGUCAUGCUCCAGCAGCCCUCGCUAGCGGCCGACUUCUCCAAGGAGGAAUCGCUCUUCGGGGGCUGCUACACUAAAGAUCUUGCGGGCUGCAACCUGGGAAUUGGUGAUGUGGGAGAGGAGAAGGCGGGACACAACAAGGGCCGGUCUAAGAGCGAGAGCCUGAUGGGUUCGCUGAAGAGGAGGCUGUCGGUCAAGCAGAAGGCCAAGGUCAAAGGUGGCUCAUUAGCCAUGGGGUCGGCUGACGAUGAUGACACCUUCUCCUCCUCCUCGGUCCCAAUCAGCUUCAACGAGGUCAAGGCCCAGCGUCCGUUACGAUCAGCGUCGCUCCGUAGCCACCAUUACAGCCCGUCUCCCUGGCCCCUGCGGCCUGUCGCUUCAGAUGAGGCCUGCAUCAAAAUGGAGGUGAAGGUUAAAGCCAUGGUCCAUUCCCCCAGCCCAGACCUGAACGGCGUGCGGAAGGAGUUCCGCCACCAUGACUUUCAGAUGGAGAACAUCUUCCAGGAGCCGCAACACGGAGACCUGAACAGUGACAAACACGUGCCUGUAGUCCUGGGCCUCACGCCACAGGACUACAUUCAGUACACCAUGCCUUUAGAGGAGGGGAUGUACCCAGAGGGGUCCCACUCUGUCCCCCACUCCUUCUGCCUGGACAGGUCACUGCCUAUGGAGGUGGUGACGGAGGCGGACAGUAGCUCCCUCCGCGUCGACCACCAGAGUCAGGAGGACCAGGAUCUGGUGAGUCUGAACCGGAACCUUCCAGCGGACCUCUCCGUGGAGUCACAGUCGGUGAACGGCCUCUUCAUCGGCUCUAACGGUGUGAUGCUCCAUAGCUUCAGGGACAGGGUCAACGCUCAACAACACCCCGCUCCUCCCCAGCGCUCCCCUCUCCUGCCCGCGUUACCCAGCAACAACAUCUCCAGGACUUACUCCAGGUUCGGCGGGGCAGAUGGCCACGUGGCGGCCCGGGUGAGGCAACACCUGAACUUUGACCUCGACUCUGCCCCAGGGGUGAGUCGGCUGUAUGACUCAGUCCGGAGCAGUGGACCAAUGGUAGUAACCAGCCUGACUGAGGAGCUGAAGAAGCUAGCCAGGCAGGGUUGGUACUGGGGACCUAUCACACGCUGGGAGGCUGAGGAGAAGCUGGUCAACCUGCCUGACGGCUCGUUUCUGGUCAGAGACAGUUCGGACGACAGGUACCUCCUCAGCCUUAGUUUCCGCUCCCAGACCAAGACCCUCCACACCCGCAUCGAACACUCCAACGGACGCUUCAGCUUCUACGAGCAGCCCGACGUGGAGGGACACACGUCCAUGGUGGACCUGAUAGAAUUCUCCGUCAAAGACUCUGAGAACGGAGCCUUCUGUUAUUCUAGAUCUCGCUUACCAGGGUCCGCCACCUACCCCGUCAGGCUGACCAAUCCCGUGUCUCGGUUUAUGCACGUGCGCUCUCUGCAGUACCUGUGUCGGUUUGUGAUUAGACAGUACACCAGGAUUGACCUAAUUCAGAACCUGCCUUUGCCCAACAAGAUGAAAGACUACCUGCAGGAGAAGCACUACUGACAGGGUUGACACUGACAGAUGGGACAGACAACGGUAGCAACUUGUACUUUUGGGUUCAGUUGAAGAGAUUCAACAAAGGUUUACAGACAUCCGUAGUUUGGAGACGAUCGAUUGGGUUCCAUUGGCUCUUUGUUUGUGUCCAGGGAUGUCUGUAUGUAGUGCACUACUUUUGCCCAGAGCACUAGCUUAAAGUAGUGCGCUACAUAGGGUGUCAUUUCAGAUUGCCCGUUGGUUAUUUUUGUUAGUGUCCAGUCCUCCGUUUCUCAGUUAAAGGAUUGUCGCCAAGCCUCCAGAGAGACGUGUCAUAGCAUCUCCGUUUCCCAGUUAGGGUUAAGUCAUUGUGGCCACGCCUCCAGAGUGACGUAUCAUAGAAUCUGUCAGGAAGUGUGCAGCGUGACUAAGUUACAGCUAACAACAUUUAUCAGCAGUGAGAUCGAAAGAUCAAUAUUUCUCUCCCCACUUGCUGUAGUAAACUGUCAACGCUAGAAUGGCAAGCUCAGCCUUCUGAAUAACAUCAAUGUGUUUUGCCUUCUGACUGAAAUGUACAGAUUUAAAAUAUAAAUUUCAUUUAAUUCACUGCAGCCUUUUACGAUGUCAAACCCAAGCCAGCUUUUAAUGAAACUAUAAUGAAAUGCAUAUCCAGUCAGAUUUUAAAAAAAAUGUAUUCUUCAUUUGGCUAUUUAUUUUUGAAAGAUCUCCCAACAACUCUAAACACAGUGGGGCAUAUCUUUUGACCAACAAUUACUAUAUAUUUUUUGUUUGUUGCAUAAACAAUUUUAUCCUCUUAAUUUCUGAGUUCUUAAAACAGGGUUAAUUCAACCUUAUUUGUCAUCCAUCAAGUUGGUUAAUGACAACUGCUAAUAAGAAGUGUAAGCUGUAUGUGGGUGCAUGUAGACAACCUUCUCUCUCCCACUAUAAUGGUACUAUUAGGAAAGAUACAUGAUCGUUUCUAUGUCGCCAUGCACUUCAACUUAAUAAGCAUGCAUCAAUAUCAUCGCUUUUUAAAGGAAAAUAUCAGUAAGUAAUUAGCCUGAAGAUAAACAUUUAACUGCUUGUAUUAGGAGUGUCAGAAAAAGCUGCCCUAGGACCAAUUUAAGUGCCAUGUACAGUAUGCUUAGCUCUGUGUGCAUGAAGGGUGUUUGAACGGCCAGACACUGUAGAGACCUGGGCCUACUCAGUACACAGAACGGGAGUAUCGACUGUAAAAAGGGGAAAGUAUCAUUUUCAUUUCUAGAGUAACAUUUAUCACUAAACACAUUUUAAGGAAACCUUGUGAAAGGGAAUCUCAAAAAUGGGGCUGCUUAGGUCAAGGCAUUUGGGGGGGGGGGGGGGAAGCCAGAAUAGAUGAUUGGAGCCCCUUCCUCAUAUUUGGGAGGUUGCAAGGAGAGUGGGAGGGGAGAUGUACGUGACAGAAUUCCCUCCCAGUGCAGUAAUGUCCUGCUCCGUGGAGAUUGAGGCUUUUGUGGGAAGUUUGCCCAAUGACUUGCAUGAGUGAUGUCACGCUGUCACACUCUCGACUUCAUGGCAGUUUUUCCAGUUUGACAUUUUUAAAAUGGACCCACUGUCAUGCUUACUGUCAAUGUUAACCUACAUAUUCACAGUCUGGCUGGGCUGUUUUGUAUCAGAACAAAAGGGACAGAAGAAUACACUGUGUGCUAUGCAAGUGCUUUCUAAACAGAUACUUUGACAAGGAAUCAUAGUUUUACACACGUUAAAAGGAUCUCCGACUACUUUGUUAGGCUGGUAGAUAUGUAUAGUCUAGGCCGGGGUAGUGAAGAUCUGUUGGUAUCGAAGGUGGUUACCGUGACACCCGGAUCGCAGCGGGUAGCUGAGAUCAGACGUUGUCGGUCGUGUUUCAAAAGUGUUGCAUAAAGAUUUGUUGGCAUUUUAUUGUUUUGAAAUGUGUAGGAAUGAAGGAUGUAGGUAAUGUUGUCAGUCUGGUGUAGAAGGAUCGUUCUACUCAGUUAUGUCAAUGAAGGAUGUAGGUAACGUUGUCAGUCUGGUGUAGAAGGAUCGUUCUACUCAGUUAUGUCAAUGAAGGAUGUAGGUAAUGUUGUCAGUCUGGUGUAGAAGGAUCGUUCUACUCAGUUAUGUCAAUGAAGGAUGUAGGUAAUGUUGUCAGUCUGGUGUAGAAGGAUCGUUCUACUCAGUUAUGUCAAUGAAGGAUGUAGGUAAUGUUGUCAGUCUGGUGUAGAAGGAUCGUUCUACUCAGUUAUGUCAAUGAAGGAUGUAGGUAAUGUUGUCAGUCUGGUGUAGAAGGAUCGUUCUACUCAGUUAUGUCAAUGAAGGAUGUAGGUAAUGUUGUCAGUCUGGUGUAGAAGGAUCGUUCUACUCAGUUAUGUCAAUGAAGGAUGUAGGUAAUGUUGUCAGUCUGGUGUAGAAGGAUCGUUCUACUCAGUUAUGUCAAUGAAGGAUGUAGGUAAUGUUGUCAGUCUGGUGUAGAAGGAUCGUUCUACUCAGUUAUGUCAAUGAAGGAUGUAGGUAAUGUUGUCAGUCUGGUGUAGAAGGAUCGUUCUACUCAGUUAUGUCAAUGAAGGAUGUAGGUAAUGUUGUCAGUCUGGUGUAGAAGGAUCGUUCUACUCAGUUAUGUCACCAUCACCAGCUGGGUGUUCUGUGCGCAAGGACUUUCAAAUAUUCGUUUUUUAUUUCCUAUGACUUGUGACAUUAAACGCUGUCAUUUUGUGGACUAGUAGGGUGUUUGUUACCUGCAGGUUAUACCAAGGGACAUGGCUGUGUGUGAGAGGUUAUACCAAGGGAAUGGCUGUGUGUGUGAGAGGUUAUACCAAGGUGUGUGAGAGGUUAUACCAAGGGACAUGGCUGUGUGUGAGAGAGGUUAUACCAAGGGAAUGGCUGUAUGUGUGUGAGAGGUUAUACCAAGGGAAUGGCUGUAUGUGUGUGAGAGGUUAUACCAAGGGAAUGGCUGUGUGAGAGAGGUUAUACCAAGGGACAUGGCUGUGUGUGAGAGAGGUUAUACCAAGGGAAUGGCUGUGUGUGAGAGAGGUUAUACCAAGGGAAUGGCUGUGUGUGAGAGAGGUUAUACCAAGGGAAUGGCUUUGUGUGAGAGAGGUUAUACCAAGGGAAUGGCUGUGUGUGAGAGAGGUUAUACCAAGGGAAUGGCUGUGUGUGAGAGGUUAUACCAAGGGAAUGGCUGUAUGUGUGUGAGAGGUUAUACCAAGGGAAUGGCUGUGUGUGAGAGAGGUUAUACCAAGGGACAUGGCUGUGUGUGUGAGAGGUUAUACCAAGGUGUGUGAGAGGUUAUACCAAUGGACAUGGCUGUGUGUGAGAGAGAGGUUAUACCAAGGGAAUGGCUGUGUGUGAGAGAGGUUAUACCAAGGUGUGUGAGAGGUUAUACCAAGGGAAUGGCUGUGUGUGUGAGAGGUUAUACCAAGGGAAUGGCUGUAUGUGUGUGAGAGGUUAUACCAAGGGAAUGGCUGUGUGUGAGAGAGGUUAUACCAAGGGAAUGGCUGUGUGUGAGAGAGGUUAUACCAAGGGAAUGGCUGUGUGUGAGAGAGGUUAUACCAAGGGAAUGGCUGUGUGUGAGAGGUUAUACCAAGGGAAUGGCUGUAUGUGUGUGAGAGGUUAUACCAAGGGAAUGGCUGUGUGUGAGAGAGGUUAUACCAAGGGAAUGGCUGUGUGUGAGAGAGGUUAUACCAAGGGAAUGGCUGUGUGUGAGAGAGGUUAUACCAAGGGAAUGGCUGUGUGUGUGUGAGAGGUUAUACCAAGGGAAUGGCUGUGUGUGUGAGAGGUUAUACCAAGGGAAUGGCUGUGUGUGUGAGAGGUUAUACCAAGGGAAUGGCUGUGUGUG